AUGCUUAUGAAGUUCAUAUAUUGUGUUAGCUCAGGUGCGCUGGGAAAAUUCCUCCCGAACCUCGGAGGACCCAGCGCAGCUUGCAGGCGGCUAUACUCUGGGGUCUGUCGGAGUAUAGCCCUGUACGGUGCUCCCGUUUGGGCUGAUCGCCCAAUGAGCCGCAGGACCAAAGCCCUGCUGCGCUCUGCGCAAAGGGCUCCUGCGGUGAGGGUGAUUAGGGGGUACCGUACGGUCUCCUGGGCCGCAGCGACUGCCCUUGCCGGCGAUCCGCCUUGGGAUCUCGUGGCGUCGGUUCGAGCCGAGUUGUUCUCCUAUGUCUCGGGUAGGAGGACACUCGGCGAGAACCCUUCGUCGGAGGAGAUCCGAGCGGUUCGUCGGCAGGGGGAGGAGCGCCUUAUGCGGGAGUGGGGGGAGGACCUGGCGGAGCAGCCGUACGGUAGACGUACAACGGCAGCGCUUCGCCCGGUCCUAGAGCGUUGGAUGAGGCGGAAACGCAAACCCCUCACUUUCCGUCUGACGCAGGUCUUAACCGGGCACGGGUGCUUUGGUUACUACCUGUGUCGGACGGCCAGGAGAGAGCCGGGAGAAGGCUGCCAUGAGUGCGGCGCUGCGGUGGACUCGGCCCAGCACACCCUCGAGGUGUGCCCGAGAUGGGCUGCGCAGCGCCAAGACCUUGUGGCGGCUCUCGGCGGAGUGGACCUGUCGCUUUCGAGUGUCGUGGAGAAGAUGCUCGAGAGUGAUGGGUCCUGGUUGGCGGUGUCCUCCUUCUGUGAGACGGUCAUGUCCACGAAGGAGGCAUCUCAGCGGGAAAGGGAGAGGGCGGCUGAUGCUCCCUCCCCCCGCAGGCGACGUACGGGGGUGCGUCGGAGGCAAUUCCUACGCCUCCAAUAG